GCAAAUUGCUUUGUUAUAGAACGACCCAGAUAUGCUUUAGUGGAUUUGAUAAACUUCAAUUCGUAAUGUCAAAAAAUAUAUACGUUAUUGCUUGCUUUACUUUACUAUAUUUCUCCUUAUUUUGUGACCAUCAGAGUUUCUUUUCACCUUUCAGAAAACGGGGCAGUACUUGAAGGCUUGACAAAUGCAUCCCAGGUUGAAAAACUGCUGCAUUCCUCCUCCUCUUCCUCCUUUAGAAAACUGACUUCUUUAAAGAGGUAAGAGAGAAGCAAAAGUAAGAAAAUGCUGGGAUUAGAACGAGGUGUUGUGGAAGAAUGGCUGGGAGAAUUCAAGGCAUUACCUGAAACACAAAUUACCAGCUAUGCAGCUACAUUGCACCGAAAAAAAACACUGGUACCAGCUCUUUAUAAAGUCAUUCAAGACCCAAAUAAUGAGCUCCUGGAGCCUGUUUGCCACCAGCUCUUUGAACUUUAUCGUAGUUCUGAAGUUCGGCUCAAGAGAUUCACAUUGCAAUUUUUGCCAGAGUUGAUCUGGGUAUACCUGCGUCUUACUGCCAGCAGGGAUAGGCAGAGUAAUGGUUGCAUUGAAGCAUUGCUGCUUGGCAUUUACAACUUGGAAAUUGCUGACAAAGAUGGAAACAACAAAGUUUUAUCUUUCACCAUCCCUUCAUUAUCUAAACCCUCAAUAUAUCAUGAGCCCUCUACUAUUGGAUCCAUGGCUUUAACUGAAGGAGCUCUAUGUCAGCAUGAUCUCAUCAGGGUAGUUUACAGUGAUCUUCAUCCUCAAAGAGAAACCUUCACAGCACAGAACCGGUUUGAGGUGCUGAGCUUUCUUAUGCUGUGCUACAAUUCUGCUAUUGUCUAUAUGCCUGCCUCUUCUUACCAAUCACUUUGUAGGAUGGGUUCCAGGCUGUGUGUGAGUGGAUUUCCACGGCAGCAUGAGAAGCGCUGGAAAGAACACUGUGGCAGAGUGGUGUUAGACCCUGACUUCAUGGUGCAGCUGCUCACAGGUGUCUAUUACGCCAUAUAUAAUGGUCAGUGGGAUCUUGGCCAGGAGGUAUUGGAGGACAUCAUUUACAGAGCACAGCUUGAACUCUACUCACAGCCUCUGCUGGUUGCAAAUGCCAUGAAGAACUCACUGCCCUUUGAUGCUCCUGAUGCAUCACAAGAAGGCCAGAAGGUACUGAAAGUAGAAGUUACUCCGACAGUGCCGAGGAUUUCUCGGACUGCUAUUACAACAGCUUCUAUCCGUCGUCAUCGCUGGAGAAGAGAAGAUGGCUUUGACUUCUCAAACGAGGCUGACUCAAGCAUACCUGGCUCACCGAUCCAACACGGCUCCACAGACCUAGGGAUCAAACGUGAGCAAGAGGGGGAGGUGCUGAUGCGCAGGACCCCUGAGCAUGGCUUCCCGGAGCCCACCUUGGCAGCAGCCACAACAGAGGAUGCUGAAGGUGUAAAUGGAAGAGAGGAAUCCGUGAACCUUAAUGAUGCUGAUGAAGGAUUUUCAUCAGGAGCUUCCCUCAGCAGCCAGCCAGUUGGGACCAAACCUCUAUCAUCUGUAUCCCAAAAGGGCAGCUUAAGGAAAACAGCAAGUGGGCGUUCUGCUAAGGAUAAGGAAACCUCUUCUGCAGCAAAAUCCAAUGAGAGCCCUCGAGAUUCAGUAGCUCGGAAGCAGUACAUGCACCAAUCCACUGACCUUGGUGCAGAUAUAAUUGAGAUGACACCUACUAAGAAACACCUCAGCCUGCCUGCUGGGCAGGUGGUGCCAAAAGCCAACAGUUUGAGCCUGAUCAGGACCGCCAGUGCUUCCUCCAGUAAAUCAUUUGACUAUGUGAAUGGCAGUCAAGCAGGCUCCAGCGUUGGAGCUGGUACAGAGGGUGUUACUAAUCUAGCAGCUGGCAACACCAAUCGGUUUUCAACUAUCAGCCUACAGGAGGACCGACUAGGCCAAGCUGGGGAAGGUAAAGAUCUCCUUCCCCCAGGAGCUCCCCUAACCAAGCAGUCUCGAUCUCCAAGUUUCAAUAUGCAGCUGAUAUCCCAGGUGUAACUUUGACUCCCUUCCUUAGGACUCCCUCUUUCCCCUUAAUCCCCAGGCAAGUUCAUCCUUAGGCAAAACAUGAACCAUCAUCCCGCAGUGUGAAAAUACUGACUGUUGUGAUCUUGUUUGAUUUGGUUUAGCUAUCAUACUGUAUUACUGAAACAGCAAUAAUUCUUCCCUCACCUUCAUCUCC